AUGGAGGAUGACACUGAACUGAGAACCGAUGGAAACUCCCUCCUAAAGGCCGUGUGGCUGGGGAGGCUCAGGCUGACCAGACUCCUCCUGGAAGGCGGCGCUUACAUCAACGAGAGCAAUGACAAAGGGGAGACGGCUCUCAUGGUGGCCUGCAUCACCAAGCACGUGGACCAGCAGAGCAUCAGCAAGUCCCAGAUGGUCAAGUACCUGCUGGACAACAGGGCGGACCCCAACAUCCAGGACAAGUCCGGCAAGACGGCCCUCAUCCACGCCUGCAUCCGGAGGGCGGGGGGGGACGUGGUGUCGCUGCUCCUGGAGAACGGGGCGGACCCCAGCCUCGAGGACCGCACGGGGGCCUCGGCUCUGGUGUACGCCAUACACGCCGAUGACAGAGACGCCCUGAGACACCUCCUGGAUGCCUGCAGAGCCAAGGGGAAGGAGGUGAUCAUCAUCACAACGGCUUGGUGCUCGUCGGGCACCAAAACCACCAGGCGGUAUCUCGGUGCCCCCCCUUCCCCCAGAGUGGAGGGCACACAGUCGCCUCCCCUGUGCGCGUCUCCCUCGGGUAUUGAAGUGAAGGCUCCAGGCCGGGGCUGUCCCCCCAGCGAGAGAGGGGACGACUUCUUCGGCCUCCAAGCAGGGCAUCCGAGCGGCUGCAGUGCCGCCAAGGCUCUCCACGAGCCGGGGUCGCCCGCCAGGAAGGGAGGGACCCUCAAGAGAGCCCGCCUGCCCCGGCUGAAGAGGCUGCAGUCGGAGCCCUGGGGCCUGAUCGCGCCGUCUGUGCUGGCUGCUAACGCGCGUCAGGACGACGCCCACGGCACCGGCGCCGACAGCGAGGUCACCAAGAGCAUUGGCGACGUGCCCUUCCCCAAACGGGGGCCGCUCUCCAGAGCCAACAGUAUCGACGGCAAAGACCCUGCCCUGUUCGCCACAUUCACGGAGCAGAUUCUGAGGAUCCCUGCGUCCCCGGCACCCACGUCCUGGAAGGCCGCCUACGAGAAAGGUCAGGCUUCUCACCCCCGUCUGGCCAGAAGAGGGACCCUCCCUGCGGAGCAGGAGAAGGCCGGAGUCGGUCCAUCGGUGUCCCUCAAGCGCCUAGAAGAUGACCUGCAUGACUUAGACCUGCAGCCCGGGGCGGAGCAGCUCAGCCCCGUCUCCCUGGAGGCCGGCAAAGGGCCCCUGGAAAGGAGGCUCAAUGGCUCCCACGUGGCUCUCUUCCACAGCUCGCGGGAGUCCCUGGAUGCGGCGCCCGGCGUGUCCCCCAGCUCGGCACGCCGCAGGCCACCGCACCUUCUGGAACGGCGAGGUUCUGGAACCCUGCUACUGGACCGAAUUUCGCACACCAGGCCCGGCUUCCUUCCUCCUUUGAAUGUAAAUCUGAACCCCCCCAUCCCAGACACCAGGCCCAGUGGCAAACCUUCUUCUCCACUUGCCAGUGGCCUAAAAUCCAUGCUCCCCGUGGCCCCCAGCUCGCCGAAGAGAGGAGACCUGAGGAGCACAAAGAAACUCCUCCGGAGGCACUCCAUGCAAGUCGAGCAGAUGAAGCAGCUGUGUGGCUUCGAGGAGAUCAUGACCUAGACGCCUUCCCAGGGGUCUUUACAAAACUCCGGGUACCUGACGAAAGGCACCACAUCUGGACCAACACCGCGUGCGCCCACCGCGUCCCGUCCCUGCCUCCCUCCGCGCUGCUGGGCAGCCGCCUCACAGGGCGCGGAGCUGGGCCCUGCUCCCCUUCUGAAAUUAUCGCUGGGUUUGCUUGAAAAGAGCUCAGGAUCACUGGGUUCCGGGGAUGAGUUACCCAGAAAAUAUUUCUCCCAAGGAAGAGCACCUCUGGGGUGUGAGAGUCUCGCAGCUGUUCAGUGAUCUAGGCCCUUGACCCCUUCCCACCAGACAAACCAGAACUCAGGUCCCAGGACCGUAGGGAAAGUAGGGCCUUCGCACUAAAUCUAUGAAGUGCCUACAAAGGAACUGAGGGCCAAGCAUGUGUCACAAUGUGCAAGACACCAGCCCCUGAGCUGUGAGGUGUGGCAGCUGUGCUCCAGCCCAGGUGGGGGGCGGGGCAGAGCACCCCAUCAGAAGGCGGAAAAGGGAGGGGAGCGGAGCCCCCCAUCAGAAGGUGGAGACGGGGGAGCAGAGCCCCCCCAUCAGAAGGCUGAGAAGGGAGGGGAGCGCAGCCCCCCCAUUGGAGAUGCUCUGGCUGCAGGAUGCCUCUCACUGGGUCGUGGGGUGGUGUCCUGCUGGGCAUGGUCACGGUCUUUCACAGGAUGUUCACAUGCUCAUUUGGAUGUGCUCUGAGUCCCCAAAUAUAACCACCUGUCCCCCAAAUUCUGAUGUGCCAUCGUCGCCAAGACAAAACCAGCCUCAGGCUCCUACCCUGACACGAGCUGUGUCGAAAUCUUGUGAAA